AGUAACCAUCUAUGGCGGGAGCGGGAAGUGAUCCACAAAAACAACUCUUGAGCCUUAUUCGCAAUUUCGCCGCUGAGAAAUCUCAGGGAGAGCGAAGAGUAACUACGCUGAAAAAGCGAAUUGAGGAACUUAAAUCUGAACUUAGCGCGACCAAUGCGGAGUUCGAAAAUGCCAAACGCAGCAAAGAACUCGGUGAACAGGAGCUUAAAGGCUAUGAAGUUCAACUAUUCUUGAGUGAAGCGUCGGUUCAAACACUUGAGUCACGGGUAUCUCUUACUCAAGAUGAGAUUUCUAUUGUUGGAUCUCAUUUGGAAAUUCUCAAGAAUGAAGAAGCAGCUUUACGUGAGGAAUUCAUCGGUCGUAUGCUUGAGUUGAAUGCUAGGAUAAGGACAUUCCAAGAGAACAUUACUUGCAACAUUGAUGCCGUAGAUUCUGCAACUCCUACAGAUGCGUCACAAGGAAUCAUGAAAGAUGACGAUACCAAAGGUGCUUUAAGCGCUCUUAAAAAUAUGCUUGCAGAGAUUAUAUCUCAAACGGCUAAAGAGGAAGAGGAAUAUAAAACAGAACAGAACACUCACAAGAAUUUGCUACAGGAGUUGAACAAUUCUGAAAGAAAGCUGUCUCUAUUGGACACCAUUGUCCAAGAAACAAAAGCAUUGCAUGAUUUGACGAUAUAUCCUUAUUAAUACUACAUUAAUAUUCUGAAUGAUUAAAUGUCACUCAGCUGAAGAGAAAAACAAGGCCCAUCCGAUCAGGAUGUAAUCAAUGUUAUUAGUGGUAUAGGCAGGUCAUCUCUGAUCUAUAAGGGCGCUCUUUUGAUCACAAAUAUGUCAUCUCUGAUCUAUAAGGGCGCUCUUGUGAUCACAGAUAUGAUAUUAAAUUAAUUCGUGGGGUUAAUAUUCAUAUGAAAUUUAAUGAAUCUGGAUAUGUUUUCUUUUUUUUCCACAAGUUGGAUGCCUAGAAACUGGAGGCAUGGAAAACUUGAUUGGCAUAAGAAGAUGGAUCACCAAAAUCCAGAAGUUCAAUAUUUUAACACCUGUAAAAUGAAAUAUCGUCUCAUUAGUUGUUGGCGCACGUGGUUA